GCUCACGGAGAGGUGAAGUUCAAGUCCCCGUGCGUGUACGCGGCUUCUCGGGGCAAACAAGCUACAGAGUAGGAUUGGGCUUCUUCGAUUAUUAGAGGCUUGCGGAGAUCUGAUAAGGGAGAUGGUGGGAUGGUGCGGGAGGGACGAGACGAAAAUGGCCGAAGAUGAUUGGGACGGGCCGGCAGAACCGCACCAGACAUGGGCAAAGGCAAAUGCCGACAUACACUGUAGCUCAAAAAUGCUCGAGCUGGACUUCCAUUGGCGCGUACCGUAUCCUCUCGAGGAACGCGUCUUGGCCCUGGCCUGGGUGCCAACGGUGGCUGAGUUAUUCGUGGUUUUACAACCCAUAACGGACGGAGUAUCCGUAGUCUUGUCUCGACUUCCGACCUCCAUCCACCUCACCGGAUUCUCGGUUCUUCUUUCCCAUUAUCCAUUUGCUUGCCUUAAUGCCUGCUGUAACACCCGAGACACGUCGUCAUCCUUUCUUCGCGUAGCCCCUGUUCCGGUUGGGCAGCUGUCCCAGGCCCUUGGUCAGCCCAAUACACGACGAGACAUUGAAGAUAGAUCAGCAGACCUUAGCCACGGCUUUGUUUCUCCACGUGCUGACCGGCAUGGCUUGUCAAUCCACACAAUCCAUGCUUUGUUGCCGACAGUCCCAUGUCAUUGUCCUGCUGAUAACCGCGAAACCAGCUGUCAUCACACGUUUCGCAACCCUAUACCCAACACAGACAGGCGGAGCCGUUCGGGCUGCUCCCGCUCAACGACAGCGCUCCGUCUGGGCGUUCUGUUAGCGGGAUGCAACCCCAAUGACCCUCUCUUUUAUCGCAGGCGAAUCGGAUGCUGCCGCCGAGACCUUGGGAGACUAACCGGAGAUCUCUCAGAUCUUCGGCUCAACCGCGGCAGUGCAUCUCCCAAGAUGCAGCAAAGCCUUAUCUCUCGGUACAUUUGCAUCAAGGUUUACUGUGUACGGAGUACUGAAGUUGAACCAAAAUGACAAAAACUUGCUCUCUCCUUCCCGAUUUCGCCGUUGAAUCUUUGCAGUUAUACGGUACCAAAAGUUCCCCCAGCCGUGUCAGGUGUGAUGAAUGUACGUGUACCGAUACGGAUAAGGUACCUCUACUCUGCAUUGCACCACUUGGUA